AUGGGGUCCAGGAGGCAUACGAGAAGGGAGGCAAAAUCCAGAACAAACAGUUCGACUACCCUGUCAGAAGUUCUGAUUAAUGAGGCGAAAAAAAAGCGUGCACCUAGAAAUUCUGGGAUUCAUAAGAGGUAUAGACUAUCCCCCGAAUUAGCCAAAUUAAUUGGUAGUAAUGAACCCGAGACACGGUACAACGUAGUCAAAUUAAUAUGGAUUCAAAUCAAGGAAAGAAAACUCCAGGAUCCGGAAGACCCUGCCUACAUCGACUGUGACGAAGAAUUUGAGAGCGUGACCGGGAUGGUGCGCCUUAAAGGCUUCACCAUCAUGAAGUAUUUGAAUUCUCAUUUUUGGAAUAGAUAG